CCAGUUUAUCAAGAGAGUGAUUUAGUUUAACCUAAAUAAAUUAAUAAUGGGAUACUUGUGUAACACGAUGGUAAGACAGUGAGUUGUGAUUAGGUUUGUUGGUGACUUGCUAAGCUUGAUUUUAGUUAAACGAAGUGUUGUAGUAAUAGUGCCAGUUUCAUUGGGAUUUUUGGGUUUUUGUCUUGAAUAGAGGAAUCAAUAAUUAAAGGAACCAGUAUCCAGGAUCCCGAAAUUUCUAAUCUGUCCUCCUAUAAGAUUCUCAAGAUUUUUUCAAGUAUAAUGUGGCAACCUGGCCACGAGACGUUCAAUACAAAAUAAACGGAAACGGAUUGCCACGAGGUAUUUUAUUUAAAGCUAACCCAGGUUACGUUACGUGCCGUAUAUAUUGCAUCAUUUAAAUAAGCCGCAAGCAGCAGGACUUUUGUGUGCGAGUCCAUAGAAGAAAAUCCUAUAAAAUGUGUGGAAUUUGGGCAAUUUUUGGAACCGAAACUAAUUUACACACCGUAUGCGCUCAUGGAUUUAACAAAAUUGAACAUAGGGGUCCUGAUGCCUGGAGAGUAGAAUAUGACAAACAAUUAAAAAACUGCUGCGUUGGCUUUCACAGACUGACCAUUGUCGAUUGCACUUAUGGAAUGCAACCAAUGAAACUACAUAAAUUCCCUCACAGAAUGUUGCUUUGUAAUGGAGAACUUUACAACUGCAAAGAGCUUCAAAAAGAGCACGAGUUCAACUAUGAAACCUUUAGUGACGUUGAAUGCAUUUUCCACCUUUACGAGAAAUUCGGAAUUGAAAAAUGCGUCAAAAGUCUGGAUGGUGUAUUUGCUUUUUGUAUUGUUGAUAUUCCCAAGAAAAAGGUAUUUCUAGGGAGAGAUCCUUAUGGAGUGAGACCUCUAUUCAGAAUUUUUAGUGAAAAUGGUAUAUUGGGAGUUUGUUCUGAGGCCAAAGGAUUGACAGCUAUAGCAGAUGAUCUCAACGGCCACAAGAAAACACUGGAGCCCUUUCCACCAGGUACUUUCGAAGAAUAUGACCUCACAGAUAAAGGUACUGCUAAACUAGUCAGAAGUGAGAGAUAUUUUACCCCGGGAAUGAGACCUUUAUUUAAACCAUUUGUACCAUGGGAAGAAUUAGCUUCAAAAAAACACGAAGAAAACAUUAGAAAACUUUUAACUAUGGCUGUGAAGAAAAGGCUUAUGGCGGACAGAAGGAUUGGUUGUCUGUUGUCUGGAGGGUUGGAUUCUUCAUUGGUGGCAGCUUUACUGGUCCAGGAAGCUAAGAAAAUUAAUUUACCUUAUAAAAUACAGUCGUUCGCAAUUGGCAUGGAAGGUAGUCCAGAUCUCGAAAAAGCCCGUCAAGUGUCAGAAUUUAUCGGCACCGAGCACCAUGAAGUUGUUUUCACAGAAAAAGAUGUUGCAGUCGUUCUAGAUGAUGUUAUUUAUACCCUGGAAACGCCAGAUAUUACCACUAUCAGGGCUUCUAUAGGCAUGUAUCUGCUUUCAAAAUAUAUUUUGGAUAACACCAAUACUACUGUAGUCCUAAGUGGAGAGGGAGCUGAUGAAGUUGCUCAAGGGUACAUUUACUUUCGUGACGCACCAUCCCCAAAACACGCUCACGAAGACAGUUUGAGAUUACUUAAAGAAAUUUAUUUAUUUGAUGGUUUGAGAGCUGACCGCACAAUGGCUUCACAAAGUUUAGAACUUCGAGUACCAUUUCUGGACCUCCAAUUCUCUCAUUAUUACCUCAACAUAGAGCCAGAACUGAAACAACCCAGAGAUGGCGUUGAAAAGUUCUUAUUGAGAUCUGCUUUUGAUAAAACUGAACUUUUGCCUCAUGAUAUUCUUUGGAGACAUAAAGAAGCUUUUAGUGAUGGUGUAGCUUCAAAAAAAAAAUCUCUAUUCGUUAUCCUACAAGAAAUUACUGAAAAACGCAUUCCAGAAGCUUUUGAUAAAUCAAUAGUGGCUAAAAAAUAUCCUCAUUGCACCCCGACGUCAAAAGAGGCGCUCUAUUAUAGAGAAAUUUUCGAAAAAAGCUAUCCCAAUUUGGCAGAAAAGUUUUUGCCUUAUUAUUGGAUGCCAAGGUGGAUUGAAGGAAUCACAGAUCCAUCCGCAAGGUUUAUCAAGCAUUACGCUGCUGAUCCAGAACUUAAAUGAAUCAAAAGUCAAUACUAAAUUGUAAACCUUUUGGUAUAGGUACCUAUAUUUUUUGUAUUGAAAUUUUCUCAAAAUAUUUUCUGUUUUGAAUAUUUGUUUUUUUAAUAUACCUAUACGUGUUUUGAUUAA